AUGGCAAACCCAGAAUUCACAGUAACUUACAGAAUUGAUGGUAACUGGCAAAACUACUCAACCUUCAUUCAAAAUCUGCGUGGUAGAGUAGCUGACCCAAACGCAGAACUUUGUCGCGGCCUUAGCCAACUUCCACCCGAAAAUCCAAACACAACUCAAUCGCGACAACGCUGGAUUUCUGUUAUACUCCAAACAAAUGACACAAGUAUCACCUUAAGGAUACGACGUGAAAAUCUCUACGUAGACGCCUACCGAAGGGGUAACACCACUUGGGUUGAGUUUGCUUCUACACGCGGCCGCCUAUACCCAAACUCUGUUUUACUACAGAACAAUGAUGGCAGCUACCCUCAAUUAGAAGCUGGAACACCAGGAAGAAGCAACAUUCCUCUGACAUUAGAUAAUCUUACACUUGCUGUCAAUAUGUUGGCCGAAUUAGAUGGCCGUGGAUCUGAUGCCAGAAUGUAUCAGAUCGUGGUCGUUCAAAUGAUAAGUGAAUCAAUUAGGUUGCAUAGUAUAACUCAAUAUCUAGCUAGUGGGCAUGCUACAGCUGGCGCCCCUGCUUGGAUGAUCGGAAGGGAAGGUUCUUGGGCUAGGCUUUCAAGAAUUUUGUAUGCUAACAGUGCUGAUCGUUUCCAGCCUUACGACGAGUCACAAGAGUUCAUUAACGAGACACAAAUCUGGUCAUACCCCGAUGUGAUCAAUGCACUUGGGAUACUUAAACCCGAACCUAGAGCACCCAAUACUCGAUUUCCCCGAAUGGCUCAAGAUUAUGACUUCGGUGGUGGGCCCAAAGUGGAGGUGUUUGAGUUUCGUAUCAAUAAAACCGAUGAAGAUCUCAUUCCUGCACAACUCUAUGGAUCAAUUAAAGGUAAUCAAGUGUUUAUUCAUAACUUCUAUGACCGGGAUAAUGGUCAUACUGAACCGGUUAAUGCUGGAGAUUUUCCAUUACUUAUGGGUCCAAAAUCUGCUGCAAUGUCGGCUUGUGAUACCUUCAAAAUUAAUGUUGAUUUGUUGUUCAAAAAAAAUUCUGGCCCGCCUUAUACUCAAUGUAGUCGAGGAUACAUUCUAUGGAAUACUUGUAAUCUCGACUCGAGUAAGGUGUAUGAUAAGUUUAUACAAGAUACGUUUCCAGGGGAUGAUGGGUGCUCUGCUACGAUUCGUUAUGGGGUGUUUAGUGAUGCGGUAGGGGCUAAUAUUGAGGUUAAACUUAUUAAUGGUGAUGGGGAAGAUCCUGCUCAAGUUUAUGGUAAUAUAUCUGCGGCGAAUACAAGAGUUAUAGAAGGUGAGAGUGUGCUUUUUCGUAAGGGAAAAGAUGGUCGUAUGGAUAUAAGGCCUGGUCAGGUGAUUCCGUUGUCAAGGGCUAUUGUUGCAGUCCCGAUAAAUUCCAACUUUCAUGUUCGUGCUAAAUUAUAUGAUUAUGAUUCUGCGUCGUGGGAUGAUGAGAUUGCUAAUGGAACUGCAAGAUUCAAGCCGAAAAGAUAUGGAACUGAUGUUCAGAAAAUUUCGGGGCAGUAUGGUGAAAUUGAAGUAAAGAUUACUUGGAAAAUAUGA